AAUUAAGAGAAGCCGCAAGGAGGUAGUGUUGUGUUGGAUAAUAUAUCCAAAUAUGGAAGAAGCAACUUUCUGGUCGAUUCUGAUCAUAACUAGUUCAAUUUUUCUCCUCUCCUUUUUCAAUCUUUUGAAUUCCAUACUUAAAAAACAAGCCAACCAUAAAAACCUUCCACCUAGUCCACCACCUUUACCCCUCAUAGGUCAUCUCCACCUCAUAAAAGAACCAUUACACCGAAGUCUACAUAACCUCACCCACAAAUAUGGCCACAUCAUGUUUCUCAAACUUGGGACACGCAAUGUCCUCGUUGUCUCAUCACCUUCAGCAGUAGAAGAAUGCUUCACAAAAAACGACAUCACUUUUGCAAACCGUCCCCAAACACUUGCCGCUAAGCAUCUCAAUUACAAUAGCAAGACUGUGGGGUUUGCUUCCUAUGGUGACUACUGGCGCAACCUUCGCCGUCUAACAACAGUGGAGCUUUUCUCUACCCAUCGCCUUGCCAUGCUCACAAGGGUUCGAGAAGAAGAGGUUGAAUUGUUGGUUAAGCAAAUAUUUGAAGAGUGCAAAGGGCAAGAAAUGUCAAAGGUUGACCUCAAGUCAAAGUUUGUGGAGCUUUCUUUCAAUAUGAUGCUGAGGAUGAUAUCUGGGAAACGGUACUAUGGUAAGCAUGAAGUUGCACAAGAAGGGAAGGAAUUUCAGAGUCUGAUGAAGGAGUUUGCGGAGCUUAUGGGAAACGGAAAUUUGAAUGAUUUCUUUCCGGUAUUGCAAUGGGUUGAUUUUCAAGGGGUAGAAAAGAAGAUGGUGAAGCUGAUGGAGAAGCUGGACAGGUUCUUGCAGAAGCUCCUUGAUGAACAACGGAGAAACAGACACGUGGAUGAAGGAAACCCACAAGGGAAUGUGACGCUGAUUGGUGUCAUGUUGGACUUGCAACAAACGGAGCCACAAUUCUACACGCAUGAAACCGUGAAAGCUGUUAUCCUGACGAUUCUUGUAGCUGGUUCAGAAACUGCGGCCACUUCCAUGGAAUGGGCAUUCUCUCUUCUCCUUAACCAUCCAGAAACAAUGAACAAGGUUAAGGUUGAGAUAGACAGUUAUGUAGGACAUGAUCAACUGUUGAAUGAAUCGGACACAACAAGACUAAAAUACUUGCAAAAUGCAAUUACGGAGACACUACGUUUAUAUCCUGCGGUUCCUCUUCUUCUGCCCCACGAAUCCUCAAUUGAUUGCAAUGUUUGUGGUUUUGAUAUUCCACGAGGGACGAUGCUACUUGUGAAUCUAUGGACUUUGCAUAGGGACGUUAACUUGUGGGUUGAUCCAACAAGGUUUAUGCCAGAAAGAUUUGAUGAAGGGGAACAAGGUGGUCAUGUUUAUGAUAUGAUUCCAUUUGGUAUUGGAAGACGAGCUUGCCCAGGAGUUGUUUUGGCCAAACGUUUUAUGGGACAUGCAUUAGGAGCCUUGAUUCAGUGUUUUGAGUGGGAAAGAAUUGGGCAUCAAGAAAUCGACAUGACAGAAGGAAUAGGACUUACGUUGCCUAAAGUUGAACCUUUGGUUGCCUUAUGCCGACCCCGCCAAGCUAUUAUCAAGGUUUUGUCUAAUAUAUAAAUUAAGGAUAAAUUAUACAUUAAUUAAUAUAUUUUAUCAUCAUAAGUCUAAGUUGACUUUUAAAUUUUCAAUUAAGUCUCACUUUCUAAUUUUUAUGUGAAUCUAACAUUAUGCUUUAAUCUUUAUAUAAAGUGAACAUUACCUUUUAAUUCUUG